UGGGCUUUACCCACCCGCAAUCCAACCCAAAAGAGAAAGGAAACAUAUCAAGAACAGUGGAGGAAUCAGCCUCUGCGGCUCCGCUUCAAACGCCGGUCAUUCCUCCGUAGGCAUCUCCGUCGGGCCACUAAGCACUACACAAUCAGCUGUUUGGAUUCUCAGAAAACAUGACGGAUAGCACCGGAAAAUCUCGGAGAAAAUUCCUAGCACGAUGAAGACGACGGAGUUCAUGGAUAAGCAGAUCAUGGAACUCUCUCGGUCCCACUCCGAGGAUUUCUCUCAACUUUCGUACCCUCAACAAUUCGAUAACGACGGCAAGGACGACUCCGACUCCGACUCCGUUUCCAGCUUUCAUUUCCGCCCCGCACGACGUGUCGCCUCGCAGGAGCCGCGCAUUACCGCUCUCGAGAGUGGCAGUUCUAUGGACUACCUUAACCUUUCCAAACCUGGAAGCAAGUAUGCUGUCAGGGCUUGCGAGGAUUCGCCAUUGAUUUCGGUGAUUGAGGGAAAGAUGAACCAGCAUUUUGGCAGUCUAUUGCACGCGGUUGAGGGUCUCAGUGCACGAAUUUCCCAGCUGGAGACUCGAUUACGCCGGCUGGAGAAUUCUGUUGACGACUUCAAGGAUUCUACUGAAAUCAACCAUGGGAAGGCUGAUGGGAAACUGAGGCAGCUAGAGAAUAUGCUAAAAGAGGUUGACACUGGUAUGCAGAAUUUGAGAGAUAAACAAGAGAUAGCAGAGGCUCGGUUGGAGCUUGCAAAGCUUCAAAUGUUAAAGGGUCAGCAGCAAUCGGAAAACCAAGCGAGCAAUGUGCAAAAAGUUUCAUCUCCAGGAGUACGAUCAUCCGCUCCUCAGCAAAGCUACCAACUGCAUUCAGCUCAGGCCCCCACCCUACGAGUUCCUUCUCUUCCUACUAAUGAUCCCGGAACUCCACCUCAUCAGAAUUUUCCUCCAGCACCUACAGCACAGGUCCAGGUCCCCACGCAGUCACCUCAGAGUCAAAUCCCAUCUAUUCAACAUGCAGAUUCUAACUACUCACCACCUGUGCCAAAUCCGCAGCCCACACCUGAGAUGUACUACAGCCCUCAAGUACAGCAUUCGCAACCGCCACCCACUGCACCGUAUCAACUUUUUCCAUCAGCACCACAACCAUCACUAACCUCACAAUCGCAGCAGCUGCCUCAACAGCACCCACCCUUCAAUGCUGCUGAUCCCCAAGCCCAGUUUUCGUUGGUUCAUAAUCCUGGAGAAACCUCCAUGCCAUCUCAAAGAUAUCCUCCAAGCUUCCACAACACCUCUAAUGCACCUGGCUUGGCUCUCCCACCCCAACAACAGCAGUAUGCAGGUUCCAUUCAAUAUACGCAUGAUCAAACCGCAAGCAAUCACUACCUGGAGUUCCCCCCUGGGCAUGUGCAACCAGUUCAAAAUUCACGUUUUGAUGAUUUUCGUUCCCACGUUGGAUCUUCAUCUCACGACAGCGGUUCAAACAUGAAACAUUCGCAAGUCAUGCCAGCCUCUUUAGACCGUUCUGGUGGAAGCAGCUUUUCGAAACUGCCAACUGCCAAGGUAUUGCCACACGCAAUACCCAUGGCUGCGAGCGUGGAUAAGGAAUCGAGUUCCAGUGGGACUGGAAACAGAAUACCGAUUGAUAAUGUCAUUGAUAAGGUUGUCGCGAUGGGAUUCCGGAGGGACAUGGUCCGAGCAACAGUGAGGAAAAUGACCGAGAAUGGGCAGUCGGUGGACGUUAAUGUUGUGCUGGAUAAGCUGAUGAACAAUGGAGAACAGCCUCAAAGUGGUGGAUCUGGCCGGUAAGAAAUGCGCUUGCUUCUAAUACUUUGCUUGAUUAUGAUUUACGAGUGUGAUAUUCAGCUAUAUGCUUAGUUUUUCUAUGUGCUUCCGCAUCCAUGUAUAAUUACCACCAUUUGUUUCUGAAUGUAAAUAUGAAAUGACUGGUGACAUUGAAAUUUGUUGUGUGUUGUAUUUGUGAAUGUAAAUUUCACCAAACGUUUGCUUGGA